AUGGAAUCCACUUCGGGCGUUACGAGUCAGAGAGGUCAGGAGAAAUUGGCCCACGAUGGCCAUCUCUUUGUCAAAGCAUACGUCCUGAAGAGCGGCUUGCAGUCUUGGCGGUGUAUGUACAAAACCGCACCGAUUCCAUGCAAGGCGAGAGCUUAUACUCUGAUGAGUACGCGGGAAGUUAUCCGCACAAGUGGCAUCCACUCUGAUCCGCCAGAUCCCUCAGGUGUAGAGGUCGCCAAAAUCACCUCGACGAUCAAACGACGUUGCGAAGAAACAAGUGAGGCACCUUCCUCCUUGAUUAACACGGCUUUGGUCACAGCGACGACGGCUACGCUCGGUCGCAUGAAUCGACCCCAGUCGAUUUCUCGUCUCAUCAAUCGUCAUCGGAACGCCCGCUCUGCGGCUCCAUCGAAUCCGGACUCUCGCGGUUCCAUUGUCAUACCCGAAGCGUACAGGAUCUAUGAGGUGUUCGUAGUUCUGGCCGAGCGGGCUCAGUGCGUUGUGCCCGUCGCCUACGCGUUGCUCCCAGACCAAAGCAGCCGAAUCGUACACUCGGAUGCUGAAUCUCUUGAAAGAGGCUUGGCCGGCCCUCUGUCCCGCCAGCGUGGUCAUGGACUACGAGCGGCCAUGAUGAUUGCGGUCAGGGCUUGCUUCCCGCCCGAAACACGCAUUCAGGGAUGCUUCUUCCACUUGGUGAAGAACAUCAAACUACGCGUAGCUCAGGAAGGUCUUUGGAGUCGCUAUACCAACGAUGACGACUUCGCACUGAAAGCCCGAAUGAUAGCUGCUUUGGCAUUCGUUCCGCCGUCAGAGUUAGAUAAUGCAGUCGCGGAGCUUUCGCCUGUAUUGCCGGAAGAGUUGAUUCCAGUUCUCAACUAUUUCGAGGACAUUUACAUAGGGCGUAUGAACCGGAUCCGAGCCGACGGUACCGUAGACCGGAGAACACCGCAGUUCCCGGUCGAGAUGUGGUCAGUAUACCAGAGAACGCUCGACGGAGAAGCCCGCACGAAUAACUAUGCGGAGGCGGCACAUCGCAGACUCCAGGUUGAAUUCGGGAUACAGCAUCCGACAAUUUGGAAGUUCAUCGACGGGCUUAAGAAAGUCCAAAAAGGCCGUGACCUACAAGUCGAAUCAUUCGUAGCCGGCGGUGCUCCUCCAACAAAAAGGACCAAGUACGUUCGUGCAGACGAGCGAAUCCUGGGAGUGGUCGAGCGUGCCGAACAUCUACAGCAUGUAGAAUACCUCCGAGGCAUAGCUCACAAUUUCCUCAUGGACGCGUAG